GCACUAGCCUGGGCUAGAGCCUUACCCACCCGGGUCUAUCCGGAAUACGUGCUUGCCUGCCGGAGGGGCGGACAGAGGCGGAGCGGGGCCGUGUGCCCCGAAGUAAGCAUGGGAGACCCAGUCCCCAGGGACUAACCCUAGGGAAAGUAAGACUUUUGCCCUCCUUCUCCCACUUCUCCCCCAAACAGAAUGUUACCCGUUUCAGACCCAAGUACAACUCUCCUAGACAAUCACUGGCCCUCUUUGAGAGAAAGGGCAACCACCAGGGACAGUUUCAACAUUGACCCCAUCCUUUCUGAUUCCUGGCUAGGUCAGCUGUCAUGGUAACCCUUCCCCAGCCUGGAGCCCCCGAGUCUCCCCUCCCUUCACCCUUGUGGUUGUGGAGCCCCAAACCUCUCUGGACUCCACAUCAAGAGAAGGUUGCUAAGGUAACCUCAGUUUCUAGUGCUCCUUCUGCUUUUGCCCUCAGCAGUACUGUGACAACCCUUCCCACUUGGCACUCAGGUAGAAAGGACCCCAGUCCCAAGGACACUGAUCUCCAAGAGAAACACACCUCUUCCCCAACCCCUCCCCCCAUAGCCACCCUGCUGGCAUUACCAUGGUAACCAUCAUCUAUGGACCAAAUCAACCAGGUGUUUUAAUUCAGAGGAGGAGCUGCUCUGCUGAGGCACAGUUGCUAUGGUUACUGGGCCUGGACCAUCCUCAGGAAAGUGAAAAACAGCAGUGCAGCUGAUAUGGGCUGAAACUACCCUUCUGGAUCUCCCCCAGCCUACAACCCAGGAGGAUGCUUGGAGGCCCAGCUAGGGCCUGAGCUCGGCCCCAUGCGGCUCACUCGCUGCCAGGCUGCUCUGGCAGCCGCCAUCACACUCAAUCUCCUGGUCUUCUUCUAUGUCUCGUGGCUGCAGCACCAGCCUAGGAACUCCCGGGCCCGAGGCCCUCGUCGUGCAUCUGCUUCUGGGCCUCGUGUAACCGUCGUAGUGCGGGAGUUUGAAGCAUUUGACAACGCAGUGCCAGAACUGGUGGACUCCUUCCUACAGCAGGACCCCACCCAGCCCGUGGUGGUAGUGGCCGACACGCUCCCCUACCCGCCUCUGGCCCUGCCUCGCAUUCCCAAUGUUCGCCUGGCGCUUCUCCAGCCUGCCCUGGACCGGCCUGCUGCAGCAUCUCGACCAGAGACCUACGUGGCCACCGAGUUCGUGGCCUUGGUGCCUGAUGGGGCUCGAGCUGACGCACUGGGCCAGCUAGAGCGCAUGGCAGAGGUGCUCCGAGCGGGAAGUGCACGUCUGGUGGCUGCUCCCGUGGCCACAGCCAACCCUGCCCGGUGCCUGGCCCUGAACAUUAGCCUUCGAGAAUGGACCGCCCGCUAUGGUCAAGCACCCACUGCUCCCCGCUGUGAUGCCCUGGACGGGGAUGCUGUGGUGCUCCUUCGCUCACGUGACCUCUUCAACCUGUCAGCACCACUGGCCCGGCCUGUGAGCACUAGCCUUUUCCUGCAGACUGCCCUUCGUGGCUGGGUGGUGCAGCUGCUGGACUUGCCCUUUGCUGCGGCAAGUCAGCCCCCGCUGGCCACAGCCCAUGCGCGCUGGAAGGCGGAACGGGAGGGGCGCACUCGGCGGGCAGCACUGCUACACUCGCUGGGCAUCCGCCUGGUGAGCUGGGAGGGCGGGCGACUUGAGUGGUUCGGCUGCACCAAGGAGACCACGAGGUGCUUUGGCACAGUGGUGGGUGACACACCGGCCUAUCUGUACGAAGAGCGCUGGACACCCCCCUGCUGCCUGCGUGCACUGCGGGAGACUGCGCGAUACGUGGUGGGGGUGCUGGAGGCCGCAGGUGUGCGCUACUGGCUGGAGGGCGGUUCGCUGCUGGGGGCGGCCCGCCAUGGGGAUAUCAUCCCAUGGGACUACGAUGUUGACCUGGGCAUCUACUUGGAGGACGUGGGUAACUGCGAGCAACUCCGGGGAGCUGAGGCCGGUUCUGUGGUGGAUGAGCGGGGCUUCGUGUGGGAGAAGGCCGUGGAGGGUGACUUUUUCCGCGUGCAGUACAGUGAGAGCAACCACCUACACGUGGACCUGUGGCCUUUCUACCCCCGCAAUGGAGUCAUGACCAAGGACACAUGGCUAGACCACCGGCAGGAUGUCGAGUUCCCUGAGCACUUCUUGCAGCCUCUGGUGCCUCUGCCCUUUGCUGGCUUCAUGGCACAAGCACCUAAUAACUACCGCCGUUUCCUGGAGCUCAAGUUCGGCCCUGGGGUCAUAGAGAACCCGGAGUAUCCCAACCCAGCACUCCUGAGUUUGACAGGCAGCGGCUGAAACCCUAUUCCCCUCACCUGGAGUCCAGGGAACAUUCCGUUGUUUGGGGGCAGUCUAUCUGGAUGUGGAGAAGCUUAGUGUGGACGUGAGGAGUAUGUGGUGGAGAGGGAGAGGGGGAAACUGACCAAGAAAGAAACUAGAGGGAAAGCAGGAUGGAAGCCUGGCUUUGGCAGGAGAGAACCCAGCCAAAGAUGGGAAGGAAGCUUUAUCCAGAGAUUCUCAAAUGUUCCUGUUCAUCGGGAACCAUGGAUGUGUGUGAGAGCAUCAGGAGCAUCCUGAUCAUCAAAGGAGCCACUAGCAUUUGAUGGAUGGAGCCAGAGAUGCCAAGCCUCCUGCAAGGCCCCUCUUUAGUCCUAGACCUCAAAGAAGGGAGCCCUGCCCAAGACUCCAAGAGCCCUGUGCUGGGAAGCUAAGUUGGAGUUUUUGCGAAAAAAGAGUGUAAGCUCUGGGGCCAGACUGGUGAGAUUCAUAUCCUGGCUCUACUUAGCCCUUACUAGUUAGGUGGGCCUGGGGCGGUGUCACAGUUUCUCUGUGCUUCUGUUACUCCCAGCAUUCCGUGAGUGCCCUGGGUGUCACAGAAUAAGCUUCCAGGGCCUGUGGCUGCUGAGGUGGCUUCCACCACUAGAGGGCAUGUCUGACCCACUCCUGAUAAAGCACAGCCUCAACUGUUCUUGAGCCUUUUGGACUUUUCUCUUAAGUCAAUCCCUGUGUGAAGUUGGGACAGAGAUGACUAUCUCUUCUUCUUCCAGAAGACCUCUUUCCCUCCUGAGAGAGCUCUGUGAGGUGCAUGCUGCUAUUAACUCACCUUGCAGAGGAGAAAACAGGCUCCUCUUCCAGGUGCAGCUAUGGUCACUAAUGGGGCUGGCGAUCCCAGCUCCACUCAUUGUUAUUACCUCAUUAUUUCAGUUCUCUGCGCCUGUGUCUUAACUCGCACAGCAGGGUAAACGAUAAUAACUAUAGUUCAUAUUCCCUUAGCACUUACCUGGGUACCAGGCAUCAUUCUCAGUAUUUCACAUGUGUUAACUGAUUUGUCCCUCACCUCAACUCUCUGAAGUGACAGCUGCUAUCAUUUCCAUUUUACAGAUGAAGAAACUGAGGCCAGAUGAUGAAGUCACUUGCCUAAGGUCAGACAGCUUAGGAAGUAGCAGAUUGGGGACUUGAACCCAGGUGGUCAGGCUCUAAGCCCACACUGGACUUACCUACCAUCGCCCUCUCUACUGAUGGUUCCCAGGACGGGAAUGGGGAGGCCAUGCUACUUAGCAGGCAGAAGCAUUGGCAGCCUUUCUUUUUUGACUAUGCUCUUAAGAGUAAAUAGUAUUUGGAGAUGUACUCCCAAUAUGUAUAUAUUUAUUUAUUUAAUAUAAAUGAUGUAUUGGAACUACUGUCAGUAUGUAUGUUGGUAAUAACGCUUAAAUUAUUCCAUUUAAAAAUAGUAAA